AAUAAAAAAGUAUUUUUAUUCUUAUCUGAAAACUAUUCAUAAACUUGAUAAUCCCCCAGUGGUAUUGAUUAGGCGACUUAGUUAAAGGUGCCAGAAAAAGAAAUCAGAUCGAGACUUGACAAUUGGUAGCUGAAUAAGCGAUUUCUCUUACCAGAAAAGCGCCCACUUUACUGACGCUCAAAUGAAAAAAUAAAAAGAAAAUAAAAAAUAAACUUGAAAUUGAAGAAUGAGUUCAUACCUUGCUUGCUGUACUGUACCCCAUAUUCCUGAAAAACAGUGUAUCCGUUCUACUCAUGCUCAUGUCGCUUUUUGGGAUACUCAAGGCAGAAACAUCGUUUUCAAAUUUUCUAGUGUAUAUGUUUCUACACUCCCUGCUCCAGAGUAUCCCAGUUUACGUACCUGCUCCAAACUCUUUACCCAUGAGUGAUACACAUGUCCCUGUUGACCAUGCUGACCAUGCUGACCAUGCUGACCAUGCUGAUCCUGGUGCCAUGAAUAUACCCGAGUUAAUUGUCACCUUCACUACUGCUCUUCAUGACUCGCAGCUACCUUCUCUUUAUGCUGCCCCAAUUUCUGCGCACAUCAAUAUUUCCCUGUUUAUGUCUGUCCGUAUAUAACGCCCAGACUUUUAUCGCAGUGCUCGUUCUUUCAACAAUAUUUAUGGCUGGGUUUGUUCUGUGGAACGUUUUGCUGAACUACAUCGCAUAGAAUAU